CACCUACUACCAAUGAUCGAUACACCUUGUUCCUUCCGAGUUUUGACCGGCCGCGUGUGCAGCAGAAGCAAACACUCCAACUCCACGCUCCACGGCCAUGGAGCUCCUUCCCUUCUUCCUCCUGCUCCUCGUGGGCGCCACCGUGGCCUCCGCCGAACCCGCAUACCCCGGCUACGGCGCCACCGACGCCGAGCCGGCGUGCGGCGUGAAGGGGGAUGCAGCAGCAGCUGUGGCGCCGGUGCCCGUGCCGGAGAGGCGCGAGGAGUUCGACGGCGGCCGGAUCCUGGACAUCAGCCACUACUACCGGGAGGACAUGCCGGCGUUCGAGUCGGCGGAGGGCACGCCCGGGUUCCUGCGGCUGGCGCGCUCCAUGCGCAACGGCUCCGACAUCGCCAACUUCUCCGAGCUCCGGCUCACGGCGCACUCCGGCACCCACGUCGACGCGCCGGGCCACGUCUUUGAGCACUACUACGACGCCGGCUUCGACAUCGACACGCUCGACCUCGCCGUCCUCAACGGACCAGCGCUGCUGGUAGAUGUUCCAAGGGACACCAACAUAACAGCUGAUGUCAUGGAAUCCUUGCAUAUUCCUAAAGGAGUCCGCCGUGUACUCUUCCGAACCUUAAACACCGACAGAAAGCUUAUGUGGAAGAAAGAGUUUGAUUCAAGUUAUGUUGGCUUCAUGGAAGACGGUGCUCAGUGGUUGAUUGAUAACACCGACAUCCAACUAGUUGGAGUUGAUUACUUAUCCGUGGGAGCAUAUGAUGAAUGUAUUCCAGCUCAUCUAGUUUUUCUUGAGAAAAUGGAAGUCAUCCUUGUGGAAGCCUUAAACCUUGAAGAUGUUGCCACUGGAAUAUACACCUUGCAUUGCUUGCCACUAAGGUUGCGCGGCGCUGAAGGUUCUCCAGCGAGAUGCAUCCUCAUCAAGUAACAAAAUCAAUAUGAAUUUGCAAAUGGCUGUGUCCAAUCUCCAGUAGAUAAUAGAUGAAACAUACUUUGUAGAUUCUGCUAGUACACUUGCUUUGAAUCUGGCAUCUCUGUACAAUGUAAAAGGCUACUUGUGACUCUGCGAAUUUUAGUGUCAAAUUUCAGUAUGGGUUAGACUCA